AUGAGAACCAAGAAAGGUCAUAGGAUAUGCGAACUCCAUGGACAAAAGCUUAUAAUGCCCCACCCCCGAAGGGCUAAACAACAAGCAGGAGUUUACCCGCUAAAACUCAGCGAUGUCCCUCGCAUGGAAGGCGAUGCGCGGGAUCGGCUCGGCGGCCGUACACCGCGCGGUUCGCCCUCAUUUCGGCCCGCCCUGAAAUGGGCAGAUCCCUCUGCGGGUUGGGGGGAGCAGGGUCCCACUUGCGAGCGGGAAUCUCCGUUCAAGCAUCAGCCGCCACAGUCAAAUAGAUCAGAGUCUUCAUCGUCGUCGGCGGACACAGCGUCGCAGGGCUCGGGUUCAGCCGCCGCACCCGCGCCGCGCCCUAGAAGACAUGAACCCCAGAGAGAAGAGAGGCGCGUGGAGGCCAACAACGCGCCGAGAGUACAGCCUAACCCGUUAUUGAGGUCGCGGACCCUCCCCAACUUCGGCGAGCGUCGUUCCCGUGAGGCGUCCCGGUGCGACACCUCGCGGCGAGCGCAUCACAUCACCAUGGCCACCGAGGACCUGCUGCAGCCCGGGCACGUGGUCAAGGAACGAUGGAAGGUGGUGAAGAAAAUUGGUGGCGGCGGGUUCGGCGAGAUCUACGAGGGUCUGGACCUGGUGACCCAGGAGCAGGUGGCACUCAAGGUGGAGUCCGCGCGCCAGCCCAAGCAAGUGCUCAAGAUGGAGGUCGCCGUGCUGAAGAAACUGCAAGGCAAGGAGCACGUGUGCCGUUUCAUCGGGUGCGGUCGCAACGCGCGCUUCAACUACGUGGUGAUGCAGCUGCAGGGCCGGAACCUGGCCGAGCUCAGGCGCGCCCAGCCGCGGGGCGCCUUCUCGCUGUCCACCACGCUCAGGUACACCGCCGCCCACUCAUGCCCGCCUGGUUCGGUAAAAAUCCUAUAUUAUGCCUUAUGCUAUAAUUUAUCAGUUCUGACGUUCUACAAGCGUGAGCAUGAGCAGAGCAGAGUGAGUAUAUCUUGUUUUUCCAGAUUGGGUCUCCAAAUAUUGAAAGCCAUAGACUCUAUACAUUCUGUCGGAUUCCUACAUAGAGACAUUAAGCCGAAGUGUCGACUUAUCCCAUAUGUUAACAAAAAAGCUUCUACUUCUAAAUGUGCAGCAUUUAACUUGGCCGAAAUUAUGGACGAUCAAAAUAAUCUCUCAGUACAAUAUGUGAAAUCAGCAGGGUCAAACUGA